UCCAAAUUCUAAAAGAGUGAGAUAUCUUAGUGAGAGAGAAGAGAGAGAUGGAGAAGUUGAGUGGAGUAAGUCACCUGUUCGUGACGGUGUUUCUGUCGGCGGUGGCCGGAAUCAUGGUCAUGCCGGCGAUUACUGACGUCACCAUGGCGGCGCUCUGCCCCGGCCGAGACGAGUGUUCCCUCGCCAUCUAUCUCAGUGGCUUCCAACAGGCGAUAACGGGAUUGGGAGCGGUGGUGAUGACGCCAUUAAUAGGGAAUCUGUCGGACAAGUACGGCAGGAAAGCGCUGCUCACGCUUCCGAUGACAGUUUCCAUUAUCCCACUCGCGAUAUUGGCAUAUAGCAGAGAAAGAAAUUUCUUCUAUGCAUAUUAUGCCGUCAAGACUCUCACGUCCAUGGUCACUGAGGGCACCGCCGGCUGCCUCGCUCUCGCUUAUCUGGCAGACUACACUUCACCGGCAAAACGAGCGUCGGCAUUCAGUUUGCUUGCUGGAGUAGGCUCUGCUGCUUUUGUUUGUGGAACCAUAGCAUCUCGCUUCAUCGCCACGGCCUACCUUUUUCCGAUCGCUGCAAUUUCCUCUAUGGUCGCAACUGUAUACAUGAGAAUCUUUCUUGAGGAUGGUUUGCCAGUUGAAAGUGAUUUAGUGCAGCCAAUGUUGAAGGAUGAAGUGCCAGAACUGACUGGCCGCGAAGACGACGCUGGUAAGUUGCCGAGACCGACACCGGGUUUCAGAAAAAUUCCGACUCUGAAUGAUGUUACUACCUUACUCAAGAGCAGUACGCUACUUUCACUGGCUGCAGUUGUUGUAUUCUUCCACGGCCUCGGUGACGGAGGAAUGCAAGUCUCUAUACUGUAUUACUUGAAAGCUCGCUUUCACUUUGAUAAGAACCAGUUUGCAGAUUUGAUGCUACUUUCUGGGGUUACAGGAACUGUAUCACAGCUGGUCUUGAUGCCCCUGUUGGCUCCUGUUCUAUCAGAAGAGAAGUUACUUUCAAUAGGGCUUUUAGUGGGCACCAUAGGCAUGGUCAUUAACAGCAUUGCUUGGGCAAUUUGGGUUCCAUAUGCUACAACUAUUUUUUCCAUUAUCGGUGUUUUCGUGAAUCCAAGUCUAUGCAGCAUUGUAUCAAAACAAGUCGGUCAACAUGAGCAGGGAAAGGUUCAAGGAUGCCUUUCAGGAAUAAGCUCUCUCGCCCAAAUUGUAGCUCCCUUCAUUUUCAGUCCUCUCACAGCUUUAUUCUUGUCGGAAAAUCCACCCUUCUACUACCCCGGCUUCAGCCUCUUGUGCAUAGCCGUCACUUCAGUGAUUUGUUUAAUUCUAAGUGUCAUGAUGACGACGUCCGCGUCCUCUACUAAAGAAGCAGCAACAGCACUGAAGCCUAGCCAUUUGUGAAUCUAAGAACUUCGUAUGUACAUAAUAUAUAUGGCGUUGAAGAUGAAACCUGUCCUAUACCAUAUAAUCUACGAUUUAGGAUGUGGUACUCAUUCUGAAGCAAGAAUAUAUAUAUAUAUAUAUUUAUUGAGCCUCACAUUUCAAGUGGCAAUAGAUGAUCUUUGAGAAAAUGGCCAAGGAGACAAGGAGAAUUCGUUCUUGGAUCUUGCUGGUGUGUUAUCAAACUCUUAAAAUUUUGCAUUAAUAGUCAUUGUAACUAGUUUUUUAGUAGAAUAUGCAGAAGUAGAGAUUUGAACUCAUCACCUUUCAGUCGGAGAUUGAUAUCUUAACCACAGCUAUGCUAAGUUAGCAGUAAUUGUAACCUAUUGUGUGCUAGAAUAUAUUUCUUUCACUUCUCUCUCA